AUGGCGAUCAAAACACACAUUCGUAUUAUCGGUGCAAAAUCUGUUAAAGGUGCCAUGGAGGGCGGGCAAGCUGAUCGGCGUUCGGGACGGUCGUUGGCAGCGGAGAAAUUAGCUGCCACGAUGGUUUCCCGGGGGAGCGCUAGCCACGAGGAGGAUGACAGCCACCACGGUACCGCCAACGGCCGUUUAGAAUCAAACGGCGGCCGCUACCGAGGGUCGGAAAAGCAAGGGAAAAUGAAGAUUGUCAUCGAGGAUGGCGCCACCAACGCCGAUAUGCGCCGUAAAAUGUUCAAGGACGCCGGGAUGGCAAUAAUGCUUUUCGGCUUAGUGUGCACGUGUUACAUCAUCUACUCGUAUCUGCAGGAGCUCAUGAUGCGCAUCCCGAUUAUGGGCGACAAAAAAUUCGACUACCCGGUCUUCCUCGCCUUCAGCUGCUUCGCAACUAACCUCGUCACGACGUCGGUGCUCAUGGGAGCCAUGCAGCUGAGGCUUAACUGGCGUCACAGGAAGCUGGAUGACUCGGCGGAGCAACCCAAAAGCGUCUUCGAGGAUUUGGACAGGAAAGUAGCAUUCCUGGGAGUGCUCGCAGCCACGUCGAACGUGUUUUCCAUGCUCUCAGCUCUCGCCUCAAUCAAAUAUGUUGGGAUUCCCACCCAAAUCGUCAUUAAGAGUGCAAAAAUGAUACCCGUUCUUAUUGGAGGGUUUGUCAUUUUUGGUAGGAGGUAUCCUGUGUACGACUACGUUGCCGUCUUUGUGAUCACGCUUUGUGUCUUCGGCUUCAACUACUUCAAGCCAAAGGGCAGGAUGGAUGGAGAAAACUCUCUUCUCGGCAUGCUCAUGUGCUUCUUCUCGCUGUUCUGUGACGGUGUCACGGGGCCACUCGAGGACAAGAUGCUUGCCACCAAGGACCUCCACCCCUUCAUGCUGCUUUUCUCCCUCAACUUCUUCGGGUUUCCGCUGGCCACCGCUGCGGUGUUCGUAUUCGAGGGCACGGCUCCGUUCAGGAUACUGCUGCAGAACCCGCAGAUAUGGAUGUACCUGGCGCUUCUCUCCCUCACCGCCAGCAUUGGGCAGGUCUUCAUCGUGGUUUGCCUUAAGUUGUAUGGCAGCCUCUACACCACCCUCAUCACGACGAUCAGGAAGAUUGCAAGCUCCUUGAUAUCUAUCUUCAUGUUCAAUCAUGAUAUGUCGGUAAUGCAGUGGGUUUCGAUGUCAGGGACAUUCGCUACCCUGUUCGUCAGGCAGUUCUUUAAGUACAAAAUGAACACUAAGAACAAAGGCGCGAACGGACACGGGCACUGA